GUCGACAUUGGACGUAUAGAGUGUAAUAAGUGAUUAAGUAAACAAUAUGAGUUGGUCUAUUAUUGCUGGUGUAGCAGUAGGUUUGGUCACGGUUGUGGUCCUGUUUGUCGUCAAUGACGCAAAUAGAGAACCAGUGCAUAUGGUGGUUCCGAAAGAGAAGCAGACCUAUGUUUUACCUGGAGAGGAGCGUGUACAUCGUAUGAAUCGUAAGGAUUGGGUGGGUGACGGUCUGAUAUCUUUGCCAGAAUCCGGAGUGACCACGCUUUACGAGAAUUUCAGUCGUGCUAUCGCCCUUGAUCCAAAAGCGGACUGCCUUGGACACUACGAUGAAUCUAAGAAGGGGUACGUGUGGGAAUCGUACGGUGAAGUAUGCGACCGUCUUCAGAACUUUGGAAGCGGUCUCAUGCAUCUUGGCAACAAGGUCAAGAGCAAAGUCGGCAUUAUGGCCAAGAAUAUUCCGGAGUGGGUGAUUGCUGAGCAGGCCUGCAAUGCUUUUAACUUGGUCUUGGUUCCUCUAUAUGAUACCCUUGGCCCGGAAGCUAUGACUUUCAUUGUAGGGCAAGUCAAGCUGACCACUGUAAUCGGAGACGCUGACGCUAUACACGAUCUCUUAGAAAGUGCUAAAUCUGUGGGUAUCGAAAUCGUCAUUAAGGUCGGCGAACCCACGGAAAAGGAACGUUCGAAAGCUGAUGCUGAUGGUAUCAAGCUAUACAGCGUGCUCGAGGUGGAAGAGAUGGGUAAUGAAUACCCACGGGAACACAUCCCCCCAGAGGUGGGCGAUCUAGCUACUAUCCAGUACACCAGCGGCACUACAGGCAACCCCAAGGGUGUCAUGCUGUCCCAUGAGAAUAUGAUUGCUGACAUGGCUGGCGCUAUGAAGAUCAUCAAUGAGGUCGUAUCCUUCGAUAACGAGGACACCCACAUCUCGUAUUUGCCAUUAGCGCAUAGCUUCGAGCGUUUGAUACAGAGUAUCGUAUGGAACGCUGGGGCGAAAGUCGGAUUUUACAGAGGAGAUACGCGUGUGAUUCUGGAGGACAUUGCGAUGUUGAAGCCUUCAUUGUUUAUUAGCGUUCCCCGACUGCUCAACCGUGUGUCCGACAAAAUUCAGGAGAAGGUUAAUAAUGCGGGCUUUGUGACAGGCUUGGUCUUCAAGAUUGCCAUGUGGCAGAAGAAACGCAUGCUCGCCAAGGGAAUCGUUGCCAACGACACCAUUUGGGACAAGAUAGCCUUUGGUAAGGUUCAGGCUGCACUGGGCGGUAAGGUGCGAGGAAUUGUCAGUGGAGCAGCGCCUCUGUCUCCUUCUGUCAUGGAGUUUUUGAGGGCAACCAUGGGAUGUCACGUUGUCGAAGGCUAUGGACAGGUAUAUUAUAUUAGUUUAUUUGUUUAUAUUAGUUUCUUGUCGCACUCAAUCUUGCUUCAAGUUAAGGAUUUUGUACGCCAUCAUGCCCUUCGUUCUGGUAUGUGACUAAGUUGGUUUUUCAUAUUCGGUAUUGUAUGUUGCGAUAUGACUCGAACGAAUGCAUGAUGGUGACAUAUGCUAAUCUCAGACCGAGUGUGCCGCUGCCACCAGUGUAACCAUUCCUGGAGAUCACGAUCUCGGCCAUGUGGGACCUCCUUUGCCGUGCAAUGAGAUCAAGUUGAUCGAUGUACCUGAGAUGAACUACUACGCGAAGGACGGUAAGGGCGAGGUUUGCCUUCGUGGCGCAAACAUCUUUCUGGGAUAUUACGAGGACGAAGAGAAAACCAAGGAGGCUAAAACUGACGAUGGUUGGUUGUUGACUGGAGACAUCGGUAUGUGGACUGAGAAUGGCUCGCUCAAGAUCUUCGACCGCCGGAAGAAUAUCUUCAAGUUGUCUCAAGGCGAGUACAUCGCACCUGAGAAGGUUGAGGAGAUUUACACUCGUGCUGCGGGUAUCGGCCAGGUGUAUGUGCACGGUACAUCGUCUGAGUCAUGCUGCGUGGCAGUGGUAGUCCCAGAGAAGGAAGACAUUUUGCCCGUUCUGCAAAAGGCCGGCAUCGACACUUCAGGCGACUACGGUGACCUUAUCCGAAGUGCUGAAGUCAAGAAAUAUGUGCAAAAAAACAUUAUCCGAACUUGGCAAAGAAAAUGGACUCAAAGGAUUUGAGCAGGCGAAAGAUGUAUUUGUAACGCCGGAACCCUUCAGUGUCGAAAAUGGUUUGCUUACACCCACAUUCAAGACCAAGCGCCCACAAUUGCGCGACUAUUUUUCAGAAGAAAUCAUGAAAAUGUACGAAGAUAUGAAAUGAGACCGGUGAACGUUGGUUAUGAAUUACUAUAGAAUACUAUCGCACAGCUAAAUCACGAAUACAAUUGUCGCGCACAAAUUCUACGUGGUAACGGAUGCUGAGCGAGGCUAAAAUUUUCAAUAAAGAAUAUCGAUAAUGCA